CGCGGUCAUCCCAGGGGUGGCAUCAUGACUUCCCCCGACGCUACUCAGGCUCCGGCAUAUGGGAGUAGACCCGUUCAUGACUGGUCACGAACUUGCGCAUUUCCCACAUUCCCGAUCAGCAGGAAUAGGUCAACAUGGCGAAAUUCCUGGUCGACGUAUAUAAUACUGCAGUCUACGGGGGAAUUGGUGGUUGUCUGUCCUUCUGGGAAGAGCUGUGCCCUUGGACACAGGAGCAAGACAAAAUGGUAUUCCUCGCACUGACGCUCGGAUGCCUAGCUGCCGUCCCAGUAGCAACUUCGUUCUCAAUUCCUACUCCAACGUCCGUCGGAAGCGACAUAACUCUGUUAUAUUACAACGAUGUAGAUGUUCAUACUGCGUCAGAGCACCAAAGUGUCCUGCUUUUGUCCCCGCUCCCGAACCCGGAGGCAGCAUCAGCGUGUGAUGGCCUUGGAGAGACACUUCUACCAGUCAAUGACACCUUCUUCCACACGGAACUUGUACCGUCGCUCCAAUACCAGGUAUAUCAGGGUCACUACUCCGAGGCUCAGCUCUACUGGGUCCAGUCUACCAGCGGUUCCUGCCAAGCAGUCGACGCUCUCGGCUUCGUCGUACCUGCUUCAUGUGCGCUCGAACUCCCGGUACUUUGCAGCCAAAGUGCGCAAUACGGCGCUCUUCCGGAAUCAACGAACUCUCUCACCGUCCACGCGAAUGACUUGACUAUAAUUGGUUAUCGUGAUCAGCUCUCAUUCCGCUUCGAAGGCAUUCCGUACGCCGAUCCUCCUGAGCGAUUCACAUACCCCACAGCGUGGACAGGGAGUAGGACCCUGAACGCGACUGAAUUCGGGUCAGAAUGCAUCCAGUCCGGUGUUCCCAACGGGAGCGAAGACUGUCUCUUCCUCAACAUCUGGACGCCGUACAUCCCAGAGGACCCGUCCGCCGUUUCGUCUUCGAAGCUCAAGCCCGUCUUCUUCUGGAUCCAUGGCGGUGCCUUCACGGGCGGCACGGGGUCCGACCCGACAUUCGCCGGCGGCAACAUGGCGUCGCGCGGGGACGUUGUUGUCGUCACAAUCAACUACCGCCUGUCCACGCUUGGCUUCCUCGCCCUCGAAGACGGGAAGACCAACGGCAACUUCGGCCUCGCGGACCAGGUUGCGGCGCUGGAUUGGGUCAGGGAAUACAUCUCUGCGUUCGGUGGCGACCUGGAACGCAUCACGAUAUUCGGGCAGUCAGCUGGUGCAGGCUCUGUGCGCGCCCUGCUGGGCUCGCCCCAGGCGAUCGGCAAAUUUGCUGCGGCGGUUCCUAUGAGCAACCUGGCGGGAUCCGACUACGCGACGACAUACUCGCUGUACUAUACUAUCCCCGAAGAGGUGACUACAGUGGUAGAGCCGAUCCUAGAAGAGAUCCAAUGCAAUGCCACGGAUGCGGCUGGCGCCCUUGCAUGUCUCAAAGCCUACGAUGCCUACGAGCUUGUCACUUUGACGAACGUUGCCAGAUUCGUUGUUGUCGAUGGAACGUACGUGACAAGGACAAGUCUCAUCGUCAACGGCACGGCGAGUCCAAUAGCGAACGUACACACCAUCAUGGGAUACAUGCGGGACGAUGGUGCAGCGUUCAUCGGCUAUCCAAACACGACAAAUUUGACUGCAGCACUCAUAGAUCAGUCGCUUCCCACCAGCGUAGUCAACAACACAUUGUUCUCCAUGCAGACGGGACCAAACAAGACCUACGACGUCUUCAACGUCACAGCCAGAGUGGCCACGGACGUGGAGUUCCGUUGCCUUGACCAGGCGACGGCAUACUACGCAGUUGAGCAUGACCUCUUCCAGAGUGUCUGGUUCUAUGAGUUCAAUAGGAGCUACCAAACGGCGGGAUGGGACCCGAAUUCCCCAGUCUGCGACGCGCCCGUCAGCGACGAGUACCCGUACGGUGACCCCUCUCAGGAAUACUUCAAGUGUCACUCCGGAGAACUCUACUAUGUCUUCGGGAGCUUGCCCAGCACGUCUCCAUACCGUGACGACCUCGAUCUGCCCUUCAUGCAACGCAUGAUCGACGUGUGGACGUCCUUCGCACGCACAUACAAUCCGAACCCGGAUCCAACAUACUUAGCCGUCCGAUGGUACAACAACACGCUUGCUGCCAUAUACGAACAGGAGCCCUGGAAGCAGGUCACCCCAGCGAAUGUGAAGGCGGCGCCACUACGGACGCUGCAGUGGACAAGCUUCAUGGGACCGUUCGCAGAGCAAGCGCAGUGUGAUUACCUAGGUUAUCCUCUGACGUAUUACGGGUGAUCUGUAGUCCUCAGCAUUCUGCGUUCGGGUAUAUGGAAACAUGCAUGCCAUGGGCGAAAGCAAAUGCGUUGACUGAUCUUCAUGUGUCGCGAUGCGAAGGAUGUCAUGGUGUAUAUGCUUGCGUCGUGACUACUACAACAAAGACC